AUGGGCGGAGGCCAUUUCAAGAUCGCGUUGGCGCUGAUAGAAGCUGGUUCUUCUAUCGAGUACGGCACUACCGUUAGCGCAUCGGAUGCAUACUACAAACGCCGCACGAGCACCCUUAUCGAAGCCCUCGUUCGCAAACUCUUGCAGCUCGAAGCCGAUCUAAACGGUUCCAUGGAAAAGUCGCAUGACUAUAUUUCCCUUGGGAUUAGAGAGACAGUAAAUGUUCUACAUGUUGUAUUACCGGGAGCAUGGUCCCGAAGCAAUGAAGAGAACGCUGACCUCAUCACCCUUCUGAUCGAACAUGUGGAUGGGCAUGGCCGUCACUUUUUGCAGCACUCUACCGUAGACUUCUUUAAGGAUAUUGCGCUGGCGCGUCCGCCACAUGUGAUCACCAAAUAUGUCUUGAGGUACGCCCAGAAAGCCUGGGACGGUAAGAACAAGAAGCCAAGAGCAAACAGGUCCGGAGUCUUCAUCACGGAGGAAGCAGCAUUGGUGACGCCAUGGAUUAUGUUCAAAGCGAUCCACCAUGCGUAUGAAGCUAAAUUUUUUUCCAACGCAUAA